AUGGAGGCAGAGGCGUGGGAGGCAGAAGGCUACAACCUAGUUCUGGACUCGGACCUGUAUGAUGCAGAUGGCUGUGAUGUCCCAGAUCCUGGGCUGCUCACCGAAAAGAAUGAGUGGACUUUGACGGAGCCGUCGCAGGUCCUGCCCUUUCUGACCAGCAGCCAGCAGUGGCAAAGCCUGACCCCACGUGCCCGCGCCCGCCGGCUGUGGCUGCUUCUGCGCACCAGCCUCCACGAGGUCGUGGAAAAGGAGAAGAGAGCCGAGCUGCGCGUGGCGCGCCUGACGCAUGGGCUGGAGCCACUGCGCCGCCUGGAGGUGGCAGCCGGGCUGCGCUCGGUGGCGCAGGACCCGGUGGGCGGACGCUUCGUGGUGCUGGACGGCGCGGGCCGCCUGCACCUGCACAAGGAAGACGGCUGGGCACAGGAGACGCUGCUGGCGCCUGUCGGGCUUACGGGGCUGGUGACAGUGCUGGGCCCGCUGGGUGCCGUGGGCCGUUUUGUAGGCUGGGGCCCCGCGGGGCUGGCCAUUCUGAGGCCCAACCUCAGCCUGCUGUGGCUGAGCGAGCAGCGGGUGGGCAGGGCCCCGGGUUGGGCGCCCACCUGCUGCCUGCCCGUGCCUGACCUCAGGCUGCUGCUGGUGGCGGAGAUGGACAGCAGCCUGGCGCUCUGGCAGUUCCGCUCAGGUGGUCGCCGCCUAGUGCUGCGAGGGUCACCACUGCACCCGCCCCCGAGCCCAACGGGCAGGCUCAUGCGUCUGGCGGUGGGGCCGGUUCCUCCCCACCACGUCCUGCGCUGCUUCGCGGCCUAUGGCUCUGCUGUGCUUACUUUCGAUCUGCAUGCCUGGACUCUGGUAGAUGUGCGCCGGGAUUUGCACAAAACCACCAUCUCGGACCUGGCUUACUGCGAGGAAGUAGAGGCAAUGGUGACAGCUUCCCGGGACAGCACCGUGAAGGUGUGGGAGGCUAACUGGCAGAUCCGGAUGGUGUUCGUGGGCCACACAGGCCCAGUGACGGCUAUGGCUGUGCUCCCUAACACGACCCUGGUGUUGUCGGCCUCACAGGAUGGGACGCUACGCACCUGGGACUUGCAGGCGGCGGCGCAGGUGGGCGAGGUAGCGCUGGGCUACUGGGGUCAGGACAAGCUGUCCCGGCGCGUGGGCCGUCUGCUGGCGCCAGCGCGCCCGGGCUGGCCGGUGCUGUCCCUGUGCGCGAGCAGCAUGCAACUGUGGAGCGUACGCGAGCUCUACUCGCCGUUGGCGCAACUGCCCGCCAAGGUGCUCCAUAUGCAGGUGGCGCCUGCGUUGCCCUUGCCUGCGCACCCGUCUCUGCCUACUCGCCUCGUGUGCGCGUGCACCGACGGCUCGGUCUACCUCCUGUCGGCUGCCACCGGGCGCAUAGUGAGCUCACUGCUGCUGGAGCCGGAGGACUGUGCGGCAGCCGUGGCCUACUGCCUGCCGCGCGAGGUGCUGUGGCUGCUCACCAAGGCCGGGCACCUGGUCCGCGCCAACGCGGCGCGCUGCCCCAUGAGCGUACUGCACCGCGUGUGCCCGCCGCCGCCCCCUGCACCGCAGCCUUGCUGUCUGCACCUGUACAGCCACCUCAAGGAUCUCGGAGGCGCCUUCUCCUCCUGGGAGGUCGUGUGCCAGCACCAGGGCGAGUUGCGCCGCAGCGCUGUGGCCUGCGCCUGGAAGAACAAGAACCGGUACCUGCCCGUGGUGGGGCACGUGGACGGCACGCUGUCAGUCCUGGAUUGGCUGUCGUCGAAGACUGUCUUCCAAACGGAGGCGCACAGCCCGGGCCCGGUCGUCGCCAUCGCAUCCACCUGGAACAGCAUCGUGUCUUCGGGUGGGGACCUGACGGUGAAGAUGUGGCGCGUCUUCCCCUACGCGGAGGAGAGCCUGAGCCUGCUGCGCACCUUCUGCUGCUGCUACCCGGCCGUGGCGCUCUGUGUGUUAGGCAGACGCGUCACCGUGGGCUUUGAAGACCCGGACAGCGCUACCUACGGCCUGGUGCAGUUUGGCCUGGGCGACAGUCCGCGAUUAGACCACCGGCCCCAGGACGACCCCACGGACCAUAUCACUGGCCUGUGCUGUUGCCCUGUGCUCAAGCUGUAUGCCUGCUCCAGCCUGGACUGCACCGUUCGCAUCUGGACCGCUGAGAACCGCCUCCUGCGGCUCCUGCAGCUGAAUGGUGCCCCUCAGGCCCUGGCUUUCUGCAGCAACAGUGGAGACCUGGUGCUGGCACUGGGAUCCCGCCUCUGCCUGGUGUCCCAUAGGCUCUACCUGCCUACAUCCUACCUAGUUAAGAAGAUGUGCUGGAAGGUCCCAGACAUGGUGGACGACCCUCCGCUGCCGCUGACGAGCCAGGAAUCACUGACUUCCACCCAACUGCAGAGGCUCAGCAACCUCCACGGGGCAGCCAGCCUCAGCAAGGCCUUGUCUCGCAUCCAUCGUCCGAGGGCAACAUCUCAGCACCUGGUGCCGAAGGAGGACUUGAACGCCCUAGUGGCCCGUGACCGAGACCUUCAGCAGUUGAGGCUGGGGCUACUGGUCCCAGCAGCCCGGCCCCCACCCUCCUGGCAGCAGCGUCAGGAAGGCUUUGACAAUUACCUCCGUCUGAUCUAUGGCUCUGGCCUGCUGGGCAUGCAGCCUGGAAGGGAGUCCCAGCCGUGGAGCACUGGGACUCUCAUAGUAGAGAGAGAGACCUGGGAUGUGUGUGCCCUACCCCAAGCUGCCCACUGUCUUGCCUGGGAUGAGGUCAGCACUGCAGCCGAAACAGUGCCAACAGCCCUGUCCCCACAGGACCUGGGGGCCCUGGGCCAGCACUUCUCCCAGCCUCCCCGAGUCACAGUGCCAACCCCACCCACCCGCCGUAAGGUGCACAGCAAGGCAUCCCAGCUUCUGGCCCGCUCCUCACUGAGCCACUACCUGGGUCUCAGUCUGGAUCUGCAGCUGCAGUUGGAGCAGCUCCGAGGGAGGACGACCGUAGCCCUGGACCUGCCAUCCUCCCACCUGCAGUGCAGGAUCCCACUGCUGCCAAAGAGACAGCCCAAGGAACCUCUCUGUAGCCUCGGAGGCUUCUUUCCUGCCGCUGUGCAGCCCCACAAGUACUGCCUGAGGCCUAUCUGCUUCCCCGGCUAUGUGCCCAACUCUGUGGUGCUCCAGCAGAUGUGGCUAAAUGCAGAGCCAGGGGCAAGCCAGGAUGGCCUGUGGUUACAGCACCCCAGGCCAUCCCAAGCCCAGUGGCAGAGAAAGCUGCUCCAGUGGCUGGGGGAGAAGCCUGGAGAGGAGGAGGAGAAAGAUCAGAAGGAAGAGGAGGAGAAGGAGGAGGUAGAGGAGGAGCUGGACUGGGCCUCGGCUUCCCUGAGCCCGAACUCCAGCCAGCAGCCGGAUUCCUGGGAACUGGAGGAUCAGAGUGCUGUGGAGUGGACCCGGGAGCCCCGGCGGCGCACCUGCGAGACUGCCAGGACCCACCCUCAUCACUGGCACCGUCAUGGGAGUUUGCUUUUGGAUGAGCAUUACGGGCAUCUGCCCAAGUUUCUGCAUUUCUUCAUCUACCAGACCUGGUUCAAAGAGUUGUUCCCCGUCUUCAACCUGCAGGCAUACCCGGAGGCAGGCACGGUGGAGGGCCUGGCCUCGCUGCUGGUGGCCCUGCUGGAGGAGACCACGUGGGUGGACCGUGUGCACAUCCUGCAGGUGCUACUGAGGCUGCUGCCCAACAUAAGCAGUGAUCUCCAAGGCCAGCUGCAGGGCCUGCUCAUCUACUUGCUCAACCUGGACCAGCCCCCCAGCCUCCAGGACCAGACGCAGAAGAAGUUCGUGAUGCUGGCGCUGCAGCUGCUCCUGGCCUGCUCCCUGGAGUCCCGGGAUGUGGUGCUGGAGCUCAUGUCCUACUUCCUCUACUCUCCGGUGCGCUGCCGGCCAGAGCUCAAGAAGUUGCUGCACGGGCUGGGCCUGCAGGACCCGGAAGGCUUCCUGUUCCAGGAGAUGAUGACCUGGGUCCAGAGCCCCAACCUGGACUCCAAGGCUGGCUUGCGUACUCGCUGCUGCCAGAAACUGGAGGACAUGAUCCAGCAGCUUCAGGAGACCCCAUCGCAGACUUCAGUGGUCUCUGGGGCACCCACGCGCGCCUCCGUGAUACCCUGGGGCACCUCCUGGUCGCCCUCCAGCGUCUCCGGGAGGCUCUCGCAGGUCUCAGAGGUGCCUCUGAUGGUGGUCUCACCCGCGGAGCCGCCCUCUCUCUCCCCGGAGCUCCAGGCCCAGCGGACGCUGGCAGCCACGCGCAGCUGGGGGACCCGCCAGCUCCGUCUCCGAGUGCUCUCCGAGACGCUGAAGAGCUUCUGCCUGGAGCCCGAGGCCGGCCUGGGCCCUGCCGGGCCUGCUCAGCUGCCCGAAGAGCCGCCGCUGCUGGAGGAGACGGACUGGUCGCACUCGCAGCUGCUGGACUUGGGCCCCAUAGACGCGCUCAACUUCUUCUGUCAGCAGCUGCGGGCGCGGCGGCAGCAGGCGCGGCAGCAGAGCUCGCUCCAGGAGGAGGCUGCGCACCCGCACCCGCCGGUGCCCGACACGGUGGCGCCGGUGCCCGACAUGGUGGUGCCACCACCCCGGGAGCACUGGUGCCACCCCAUCCUCCGGCUGCAAGAGGCCAAGGCGCAGAGGUCCGCGAGGUCCGCGAUGAGACUGAGGGGCCCGAUGCCUUCCCGGCUCUGUGCGGGCCGCACCCUGGACGGCCCCAUCCGGACGCUGAAGCUGCCGCUGCCACGUGUGGAGCCGCAGCCUUUCCCCCGGGACUGGCCCACGCCCCCACGCCCGCUGCCCCCGCGGCUCCUGCAGCCCGCCCUGCAGCGCUACUUUCUGCCAGAGGACGCGGACCCCGACACCUAUAGCUGACCGGGCUGGUGGCCUCAGCCUGCCUGGCUCUGGGGCCUGCCAUUGGUAUUUGGCCAAGGCCUGCAUCGGGAAUAAAGUCCAGACAACUUCUU